AUGGGGCGACCGCUGGCCCCUACCAUCAUCUGCUUCAUCGUCUUCCUCAUCCCCUCGAUAGCAGCUGGUCUCGGGGUUCAGCAGCUGCCCCCCACGGCGAGCAUCCCAGCCGGGGGCAGCGUCACCCUGAGCUGCACCUUCCACAGCCGCAACCAGACCGGGACAAAAGUCACCUGGGUCCGGGGCUCCCCGGAGGCCGUCAUGCUGGAUCCCGCCCACCCCUUCUACCAGGGGCGGCUGGCCCAGAGCCAGCGGGACCAGCAGGGCCGGGCGGAGGCCACGGUGACCCUGUCGGAGCUGAUGGAGAGGGACUCAGAUCUCUACCACUGCUACAUCACCCACCUGCAGAGCGAGCAGGAGAAGGGCACCGGGACCACCCUGACUGUGAUGGGCAGAGGGGAACGUGAGCUCUGUUGGGACUCGGGGCCCCUCUUUUACCGAGCCGUCAUCUCCCUGUCGCUCGUCGUUCUCUUCUCCCUGGGAAUCACCCUCAGCCUGCGGCCUUGGAACGGUGUCCUCGUGGAUCCCGCGUUUUCCUUUGCUGCUAUAACGUUUAUUGCCCUGGUUCACAAAGGUCUCACAGUCCUUCAGAGCCCUGCUGCCCUCCGAGCGUCCCCCGGCGAGACCAUGACACUUAACUGCUCCUUCGAGAACAGACAAGGCAGCGUGGCCAAAGUGACCUGGACCAGAGCGCCCGGAGUCGUGCUGGAUUCUGCCCAUCCCUUCUACAGCGGGAGGCUCCGUAUGUCACACCUGGAUCUGCUCCAGAAAGGGGAGGCCACGCUGACCCUGUCGGAGCUGGAGCUGCGGGACUCUGGUCUCUACCAGUGUCACAUCAGCAUCCACCUGGGAGAGAGCGGGACGGGAGCAGGCACCGAGCUGCAGGUGAUGGGGAGAAACCAGAGUGACACAGAUAAAGUACCAGCCCCCUCAGGGAGCUGCGCCCGGGAGCUCCUGUACCAGGUCACCAUCGCCCUGGGGCUCCUUCUCAUCCUUGGCCUGGCGGCCACCCUCCUCCUGAAGAGACACCGAGCACCGCCCCACUCGCAGCCCCGCCAGCGGCAGCCAAAGGGCCAGGGCAGCCAGGCGGCCGCAGACAGCGAGAACCUGCACUACGCAGAGAUUAAAAUCCAGACCCCAGGACGCAGGGACCACAUGUCUAAGCACUGCCAGCGGCGCUGAGUCCCUCACACCCAGAGCCAC